CGCCCCCUCGGCCGCUCCGCUCCCUGGCGUGACUCGGCACUGAGAGAACGCCGCGCGGAGAAGACGCCGCGGCCACCGCCCCCUGAAUCCAGGCCUGGGCCUUCCCGCGCCUCCCGCCGCUUCCUCCCCCGGGACCGCUCCUCCGUCAGGUUUGAAGCCGGCGGCGUCGCUGCCGCCCUGCCCAGGCUCUCCGAGAAUGGUGGGCGUGAAGCCGGUCGGGAGUGACCCGGAUUUCCAGCCGGAGCUGAGCGGCGCGGGCUCCAGACUCGCCGUGGUCAAGUUCACCAUGCGGGGGUGCGGACCGUGUUUAAGGAUUGCCCCAGCAUUCAGUUCUAUGAGUAAUAAGUAUCCACAGGCAGUUUUCUUGGAAGUAGAUGUACAUCAGUGUCAGGGAACAGCUGCCACCAACAAUAUAUCAGCAACACCUACAUUUCUGUUUUUUCGAAACAAAGUGAGAAUUGAUCAGUAUCAAGGAGCCGAUGCUGUGGGACUAGAGGAAAAAAUCAAGCAGCACUUAGAGAACGACCCUGGGAGCAACGAGGACACCGAUAUUCCGAAAGGCUAUAUGGAUUUAAUGCCUUUUAUUAACAAAGCUGGCUGUGAAUGUCUUAAUGAAAGUGAUGAGCACGGAUUUGACAACUGUUUACGAAAAGACAUGACCUUCUUGGAAUCUGAUUGUGAUGAACAGCUUCUUAUUACUGUGGCGUUCAAUCAGCCUGUUAAGCUUUAUUCAAUGAAAUUUCAAGGGCCAGAUAAUGGUCAGGGUCCUAAAUACGUAAAAAUUUUUAUCAAUCUACCACGAUCUAUGGAUUUUGAAGAGGCAGAAAGAAGUGAGCCAACUCAAGCUCUGGAACUAACAGAGGAUGAUAUUAAAGAAGAUGGUAUUGUCCCUCUUCGUUACGUUAAGUUUCAGAACGUUAACAGUGUAACUAUAUUUGUUCAGUCCAAUCAAGGUGAAGAAGAAACAACAAGAAUUUCAUAUUUUACUUUUAUUGGGACUCCAGUCCAGGCAACAAAUAUGAAUGACUUCAAACGAGUAGUUGGCAAAAAAGGAGAAAGCCACUAAAGGUACAAAAGACACUGGAAGACCAUAUUGCAAUCAGAUCUACAGCUCCUGGAUAAUUGCUUGAUUCUCGCCAGAGACUUUCAAUAUUUCAUUCAUUGCCAUUACCAAUAAAUCAUUGCUUUUGUUCAGAUGGUAUCACUAGUGUUUCUAUUGUAACCUUAAUACAUGCAAUUGUAAAUAAAAGUAACUACUUUUGCCAAGCUCAA